GAAAAAGAAAAAAACAUUUAUUUUUGUCACUUAUAUAAGCAAAACAAAAAUAGACGGCAACCAAAAUGGUGUGUUUCAGAUCCAAAGUGGUUGAACUCACAUGAACCACGAGCGACUUCACGUAUAACAUGCAACAGAUCCACGUAUCCAUCUUUCGUUUCAGGUAGUUUGCUCUAUAAAUCUUAAUGAAACAUGCUUUGAAUCCUUAAUCCUGAGUAUUCCUCAUAUUCUUGAAUUUUUCCCUCCAAAAUAAAACUUGAAGCUGUUCUUUUUUUGGUGAAAUGCAGCAGAAGAAUCUAGGAAUUGUUUUUUUUUUGCCCUUUUUCUUUUCUGAGAGGGUGUAACUUGAGCAAUUGUGGUUAGUUCAAGACUCGACAAUUUUAAGGUUUAAUUUUUUCGAGAGAUUCCUCAAAUGCUUGAUUUAAAAGUGAAGUAAGUUUUUGAAGUUCAAGAUUUUAUAGGGUUCUUUUGUGUGACCUGUGUUCGUAAGUUUUUUUAGGCACCCUUGUUUCCCUGAAUAAAAAUUCUUGAUUUUGGGUUUCCGUCGGGGAAAAAAAAUUAGGAUUUCACUUUUUUGGGUUGAAUUCUCAGUUUUGAGGUUUUCAACAAGUUAUUUUUGUAGGUAACUUGAGGUUUCCAGAUUCUAAGAUUUGAAGUUUAAAAUCUAGGGACUUUAUUGAUACAAGUGGUCUUUUAGAAAGAACCUCAAUUGUAACUUUUUUAAGAUUCUGGGUGUAUUUUUUCAUUUUGGGGGAAAAACCAAGUACUUCUGACUUCUGAAUUAGGUUGUAAAAUUUGAGGAUUGUGUGAGAUUUUAGUCUCUCUAGUCAAUUUCUGAAAAUUGAAUUCUGUUGCACCGUUCUUGAGGGCACUGAUUUUGCGAAGUGUUGAAAGAUGGCGGAUAAGUUUUGGUUAAAUGAAGAGGAUAAAUCUAUGGUGGAAGGUGUUUUAGGCAGCGAAGCCACCGAAUACUUUGUGUGGUCGGCUUCAAAUAAUGUGUUGUCAGAGUUCACUGGCUUGAGUGGAGAUCUGGGAGUCCUUCAGGGUCUGUGCAAGAUUGUUGAAGGGUCAGAUUGGACUUAUGCCAUCUAUUGGAAAGUAGCAAAAUCGAAAUCUUGUAAAUCAGCCUUGAUAUGGGGGGAUGGGCAUCUUAAAGAAUCAAAGGAAGGUGAGGAUAAAGAUGGAAUUUCAUCUGAUAGUCAAAAAACAGCUGAAGGAGACCGGAAAAAACUAGUGCUUCUGAAGAUUCUCGCGUGUUUUGGGCGAUCGAAUAAUGAUAAGAUGGUUGCUAAGUUGGAUCGGGUUUCUGAUGUUGAGAUGUUUUAUCUCACGUCGAUGUACUUUGCAUUUCCCUUCGAUAAGCCCUCAAUUCCUUCCCAGUCAUUUAAUUCUGGCAGAUCAAUUUGGGUUUCUGAUGUGAAAAGCUGUUUAGAACACUAUCAGUCGAGAUCAUAUUUAGCAAAAUCUGCUCAUUUGGAGACGGUGGCGUUUAUUCCAUUGAAAUCAGGAGUUGUGGAGAUUGGUUCCAUUAACUCGAUUCCCGAGGACCAGAAUGUCAUUAAGUUGGCAAAAUCUAUAGUCUGCAAACCAAACUCAAUUCAGCCAAAAGUUAAUCCCAAAAUAUUCGGGCAAGAACUCAGUCUUGGGGGUUCCAAAUCAGGUCCUAUCAGCAUAAAUUUUUCACCGAAGAUGGAAGAUGAUUCUGGUUUUUCUUCAGAACCGUACGAUGUACAAAUAGGCAGUGCUCGAGUUUAUGGGAACUCGUCAAAUGGGCACCACAGUGAUGAAGGUGAAGCAAAACUGUUUCCGCAGAUGAACCAGAUUAUUGUCAGGGGAUCAAAUGCCCAAGAUAUGGUUUCUAGUAUGGAUCAAACUAUUGAGGAUUCUUUACUUCUUGGUGAUGACCGAAAGCCUAGAAAGAGAGGCAGGAAGCCCGCCAAUGGGAGGGAAGAACCACUGAAUCACGUGGAAGCGGAAAGACAGAGACGUGAGAAGCUUAAUCAGCGUUUUUACGCAUUAAGAGCUGUGGUGCCAAAUAUCUCAAAGAUGGACAAGGCGUCUCUACUUGGUGAUGCGAUUGCCUAUAUCACAGAUCUUCAGACAAAGAUAAGAAUCUUGGAAGCUGAGAAAGAGAUGGUGAGUAAUAUGCAAAAGAAUGAUGAUAUCCCUGAAAUGGAUUUCUAUGAAAGGCACAAUGAUGCAAUUGUACGAGUGAAAUUCCCCUUAGAUUCUCACCCGGUAUCUCGUGUUGUAAAGACACUGAGGGAGCAUCAAGCUGUCGUCCAAGAAUCGAAUGUUUCCAUAUCCGACACUGGUCAGGUGGUUCAUACUUUCUCUCUUGAAACUUUGGGUGAUACUGCUGAACAAUUGAAGGAGAAGUUGACUUCUGCUCUCUCCAAAUGAUCCAGCCGUAAAGUUGCAUUUUGUAAGCUGUAUUUUUUCAUUAUACUCUGUCUUUCUGGUAGUUUGACAGGAAUGCCUCGUUUUGAUACCGAUGAGCGCGUUUGCCUGCAUAUAAUUAGUAUAAGUAGUUGCUACCAAGCUAAGUUAUACUCUUGCAUCUGAUUAUGCUACUGUAUUGGCUAAGUGUUGGAUUGUUCUUCACUGCAUAUUCUCUCCUGUUUAGUCACUUGUUUGGACUCUUGUAAAGUCGCAAGUAUCGUCAUGUCGGAAUUUUUGGCAUCGGGAAAGGCUUAGAAACAUAUUAUAAGUGUCCGGAACAUAUGGAAGUUACCGUACUGGAAAAAUCGAGACCCCCAAAAUUCUCCAGGAGAAAUUAUGAAACUUAGAAUCGAUAUGGAGGAUGAUUGAAUUUCUUCUGCAUGCUGUCUCUUUGUGAUUUAGUUUUCAUUUCUUUUAACUUGCUUGCAUAUCAACUUGAAUUUAGUCUUUUGUUCACUCAAAUCGUAGGGGUUCUAAGACUAGUUAUUCUGCUGGCUAUGUUUCCUCUCGGCCAUCCCCUUCUCUUCGAGUCAUUUUGUUAAAGCUGAAACAUCGUUGUGAAUGUACUGCAAAAUGAUCGUGAACUUAUUUUAUCUUUCUUGAACUUCA